GAAAAGAAAAAGAUAAAGAAAAAUGAGAAAGAGUAAAAGGAAGAUGAAAGGAAAAAUAACAGAAAAAGAAAGAAGAAAAAGGAAAAGUAAAACAAGACAAAGGCAAGGAAAAAAUACAAAAGAAGAAAAGAGGUGGGGGGGAAAGAAAAGUGGAAAACAAAUACGUAAAGGAAAGAAAAUCAGAAAAAAAAAACCAGACACAUUUUUUAAAGGAGAAGAAAAAGGAAAUAAGAAAAAAAAAAUAGAAGUAAAAAGGAAGCAAGAGUUGUUGGAGGGUGAUGGACGGGUGAUUUCCUGCUGCCCGUCAGUGCGACAGCGAACUCUGCUCACCUGCAGCAUCCACCAGCAUCUCCCUCAAUCGGUCCUGGCAGAGGGAACGAUGGUGCUGGAGCAGCGGGACUGAAAUAAAUCCCUGCGGAAAAGCCCGGGCGGGGCUGGAACCCGCAGGAUUCCUCAUGGUGCCCUGGCUCAAACCCGUCCCUCCGGGCUGCGGCCGAGCUGGGAGCGGCUCUGGGAAAGGGGAACUGAUGAAGACAGAGAGCGAACAAGAGGCACCAAAAUGCCAUUUGCAUGGAUCGUGCUCUCAGCAAUUUGGUUGGUGCUGCACUUCCCAGCAGGAUCCUGCGGGAGAGGGGCGGCGGGGGCCGCAGAGCUGUGUCCCGGGGGGAAUGUGACCGCCAGCACCCCCAGAGCCGUCCGGCCCGGCGCCAGCCUCGCCCUGUCCUGCCGCCUGGCACCCGCCUCCUGCUGGGCAGCGAUUUUCCUCAACGGCUCCGAGCGGCGCAGGGCGUGGGGAGGCGCGGUGAGCGCGACCUUCCUGCUCACUGCCCACGGGAAACACACCUUCACCUGCAAGAGAAUCUGCGGCAGGACCAGCCUGGUCUGCGGCAUCGACAUCUGGGCUGGAAAUCCUCCAGAGCAGCCCAGGAACGUGUCCUGUAUCCAGUAUGGGACACGGGGACACCCCACCUGCAGCUGGGACAAAGGCAGGCCCACCUACCUCCCCACAGUCUAUAGAAUAGAGCUCUCCAAUGGGACUGAUGCCUUUUCCUUUCCAGAAGAAUUUCCCAGUCAGGAGUUUGGGGCUCAGAGCAAGCUGGAUUUUCACUCCAAUUACACCGUGGUGGUUUCUGCCUCCAACGAAUUAGGAAAUGCCUCUUCCCAGCCACUCACCUUCAUGUUGAUAGACAUAGUGAAGCCACAUCCUCCCGAGUUUUUGGUGGAAUUUGAUGAUUCCUCUGCCACCAGCUGCACCAUUUCCUGGCAGGGUGAAGCACGAGCACAGCACUGCAGGCUGAGGUACCGUCCCCUCGGCAGGGACACCUGGAGCACGGUGGAAAGCUUCGGCAGGGAGCGGAGCCGGCUGCGGGGGCUGGAGCCGGACACGGAGUACGAGUUCCAGGGGAGCUGCGGGGUCCGGCCGGGCCGGGGGCUGCGCAGCGCCUGGAGCCGCAGCCGCGGCCGCACCCCGGCCGCCGUGCCAGGUGGGGUCCUGCAGGUCUGGUACAGGCAGCAGGACCUGGACUCUGGGCACCAGAACCUCUCCCUCUUCUGGAAGGCUCUGAGCAGGGCCGAGGCCGGAGGGAGGAUCCUGGGCUACACGGUGACCCUGCAGGCGCUGGGGCAGGGCCCGCUGCCAGCCCAGCGCCACCAGACCAGCCGGAGCAGCUUCUCCAGGGUCACCCCCCGGCUGCGACACAAGGUCACGGUCAGUGCCCGCGGCCCCCGGGGCAGCUCCGCCCCCGCGGCCGUCCUGAGCCAGCCGGGCAGCGCAGAUCUGCCCCCUCCCGAGCGAGUCUCUGCCGUGGCCCUGGGGAACAGCAGCAUCCUGGUGAGCUGGAGCCCCCCUGCCCGGGCUGCCCUGCCCGUCGGGGGGUACGUGGUGGAGUGGGCAGAGCCGCAGCUGCAGCCCUGGCACAGCUGGGUGAGGCUGCCCCCGAGCCAGCUGGCCACGGUGAUAGCAGAGCACAUCAGAGAUCACAUCUGCUAUCAGAUCAACGUGUCUGCGCUCUACCGGGACCGAGCAGGACAGGCAGCAUCGGUCAGGGGCAACUCCACAGCACGAGCUCCAUCAGCCGGGCCCCAGGUGCUCGCAGCCCCCCGGGGCAGCGGCGUGCUGGUGUCCUGGGGGGAGAUCCCGGCUGCCCAGCAGGGCGGCUGCGUGGCUGCCUACCGCAUCUACCUGCUCAGGAGGGGCGGGCAGGGCCCCCAGCUGCACGCCGUUCCCGGCGGGGCCGGCCCUCGCUCCGUGCACAUCCCGGACCUGCCCCCGGGGCAGCACCACGACCUUUGGGUGACAGCGGCGACAGCGGCCGGGGAGGGGCCCCGGGGCAGCACCGCCAGCGUCUGCCUGGAGAGUGCUGAGGGAUGGGUGACUCUGGUGCUCAUCUGCAGCUUCUUCAUCCUCUCAGCCUGCGUUUGUUCUGUGCCUCCAGCAAGGAAAAUGUUCCUGUCCCUCCUCCUGCCACAGUGGCAGAGCAAAGCCAUUCCCGACCCUGCCAACGCCACGUGGGCCAGGAGCUUAGCAGCCACCAAGGCGGAGCUGAGCGCUCCCUCCAGCCCCUUCCUGCCCUUCGAAGAGCCCGAAACGAGCCCGGUGGAGGAAACCUCGGGGGAUCCUGAGCCGCCCACCCGUGGGGACAGCCCCGGGGACAAGGCGGAGGCGGGCAGCGCCGGCAGCGGGGCGCAGGAGCAGCAGCAGCCGGCGGGGCUGUACCGGAGGCUGCUGGCGGAGCCGCUGGGCGAGUACAUCUCCAGCCCGGGCACGGCCCCGCUGCCCCCCGAGCCCGAGCCCAGCCCCCUGCCCGCCCUGCCCAGCGCCUUCCUGAGCCCGGCGAGCCCGGGGAGCCUCACCCUGGACCGGGUGAGGCUGAGCUGCGGCCCCGGCCCCAGCCCCAGCCCGGCACAGGGCGAGGCGAGCCCGGCACGCGUCUGGCGCCUGGCAGCGUAACUUGGUUCUAAUGGG